AUGACGACUCUCACAGCCACCAGGUCAACCCCGUCAAUUACCGUCUUUCCCUCGCACAAGGUCUCGAAGAUUAAUCGCAAUAUUUACUCGGGUUUCACCGAGCACAUGGGCCGUUGCAUUUAUACGGGAAUCUAUGACCCUUCUAAUCCCAACCAGGACCUAAUCGACCACCAAGGCUUUCGAAAAGAUGUCCUCGAGGCAUUGAGGCCUCUCGACAUCCCUGUAUUCCGUUAUCCGGGAGGAAACUUCUGCGCAACUUAUCACUGGCAAGAUGGCAUUGGUCCCGUCAAUGAGCGCCCAUCCAGACCCGAGCUCGCCUGGGGAAAUAUUGAAACCAACCGAUUUGGCACCGAUGAGUUCAUGGCAUGGUGCAAAGCGGUCAAUGCCGAGCCAUAUCUGUGUUUGAAUCUCGGGACGGGGACGCUGGAUGAAGCCAUGGCAUGGGUGGAAUAUUGCAACGGGACGAAAAACACAUACUACGCCAAUCUUCGUGGCCAAAACGGGCACCCAGAGCCAUACAAUGUCAAGUAUUGGGCUCUUGGAAACGAGAUGUGGGGGCCCUGGCAAAUUGAGCAAAUGACUCAAGAAGCAUACGCGGAGAAGGCAGCACAGUGGGCCAAGGCGUUGAAACUUCUAGAUCCGUCUAUCCAACUUAUCCUGUGCGGAAAAGAGGGAGCGACGACCUGGGAUUACCAUACGCUGAGACACUGCCUGCGGCCGGCAGGCCUCAGUGAUCUAGGCGAAGAACGCCUUCCAUUGAUAGACAUGCACAGCAUACACCUGUACACGGCGAGUGAGGACCACUAUGAAAAUGUCACUGCACCUCUGGCCGCGGAGCGCGCCAUUGAAGUCUGCUCCGGCUUGAUUGACCUGGCAAUUGUCGAGAACAAGAUCCCUCCUACCCAGAAGAGACCGGGGAUCUGCUUCGAUGAAUGGAACGUAUGGCUCCCCACGCGGGCGCCAGGCAGUCAAGGCGCAGAGGAAAAGUACACGCUCUCCGACGCACUGGCCAUUGCGGUGUGGUUGAACGUUCUGGUCCGCAAGUCCAAGGACGUCGAGAUGGCCUGUAUCGCGCAGAGCGUCAAUGUGUUGAGCCCACUGAUGACCACAGAGACGGGAAUCAUCAAGCAGACGACCUGGUGGCCGUACGAACUGUUUUGCAAGUUCAUGAAAGGCCACACGGUUGCCGUGCACGUGGCAUGUGAUGCGUACUCGGGCCCGACGAAACCGGAAUGGGUGAGGGGGCUGAAGGAAACGCCCUGGCUGGAUGUCAGUGCGACAGUGGAUGACGAAGGGUGGGUCAGCGUUUGUGUGGUCAACAUGCAUUUGCAGUCAGAUAUGAAGACGGCCGUGGGGGGAGUCGAUGGAGCGAAAGGAAAAGUCAAGGUCUAUACGAUUACAGGGGCAGAUCCAAAAGUCACCAAUAUGGGGGGGAAGGAAGAAGUUGGUUUGAAGGAAUCAGAAUGGGAUGCGAAUGAGGCGGUGUUUGUGUUUCCAAAAUGUUCCAUCACGGUAUUGAGAUGGAAGAUCUCAUGA